GUCUGCUCUUGUGGCGCGCUUUGGGCUGGAUGGAUUGUAGUUGCCCGGUGUCUUCCAACAUACAUAACGUGAAGCUUGAAAAAAGAAUAGCCAUGAGUUCCAUCCGGAAAUUGAGACCCUCUGACAAGACUUCUGAGAACAUUAAGAGCUUCUUCCAAGCCUCAGCCAGUGCCAGUGGGCCAGUGAGAAGGACCCUGCAUGUGCUGCAGCCCUCUGCUGUCAACAAAAACAUCAAGCGCACAGCUGAGACGGGUAAGGCUGUUCCCAAACGGAAGCUGUGGAACGCAGAACAGGGCAAGGGUUCUAAGAGGGUGAAGGCAGAGGUUGCGGUUCGGCCUGCAGACUCUGAGAACGACCAUCUCCCAGAGGGAGUCUCUCAGGAGGCCUAUGAACUCAUGAUCAAAGAUGCCCCUCCGUCCACCUACUGGAAAGAAGUGGCUGAGGAGAGACGCAAAGCCCUCUACAACGUCCUGCAGGAGAACGAGAAGCUCCAUAAGGCCAUUGAGGCGAAAGACGAGGAGAUCGGCCAGCUGAAGAGUGAGAACGCAGAUCUGCAGGAGCUAGCUCAGCACGUACAGCACAUGGCAGACAUGAUCGAGAGGCUAACUGGGAAGAGUCCAGACAACCUGGAGGACGUGCGGGACCUGGACUUUGCUGAUGAGGAGGAGGAUGGUGAGGAAGACUACAGCUGGCCAUAAGAAGAGGAAGACGAGGCAGAGCAACAGGAGGACGGCGCACAGAGUGAGGAAGAGGAAGAGGAAGAUAAAUCUGAGCCAUCGUCCACAGAGUGCGAAGAGGACCCCGAAUCUGCCCGAGAGGAGGACUGAGGAUUAAGAUCUGGACUAGGAUUGAGUGUUAGUCUUGCUAAGGACCAAGGGCUAAUACAUGCACACUCUAAACAUAUGGACAUCACACACACACACACACACACACACACUAAACAUAUGGACAUCACACACACACUCAGCCCUGUACUAGGAUGCAGCAUGGAGGGCCCUGGAGAGUAACAAGUGCAAUUGCCCAUGUGGUGCAUUGGAGAAAUGAGUCAUGCCAUUUUUAAUUUAAGUUUUAGUGUUGAUGUACUUUUACACACGUUUUACUUUUUUCUGCUAUUGUUACUGUGCAGUUUUCUUGCACCCCCUUUGUACAUAAGCAUUACCUUGACCUGUGUACAUGACAAUAAACUGCUCACUCCUUGUUUUUAUAAA